AUGGAAGAGACUAAAGACAUGAACAGCAUCAAGCAAAAUGCUGCUGAGGUUGAAGAAAAUAUCAAGGAGCUUCAAGCAAAUUUAAGAGAUUACAAGCAUUUUGUGGAGAUUACAAGAGCUGAGCUUGUGUCAAUGGAAACAAAUAUCACCCUUUUAACCGAUGAUACUCCAAAAUCUAUUUUCCCACAAAUUGAUGAAUUAUUUACUGAUUUAAAGCAUGAAAUUCAGAAUCAGAAAGACCUUACUCCCCCCCCCCCCCUCCGUGAGCGAACAAAAACCAUUAGAAAAAUCGCCAUUUUUUGACCAAAAACCCACCCUCCGUGAGUGAACAAAAAUUUUUUUAAUAGAAAAAAUUUUUAAUGAAAAAAAAAUUUUGAUAUAUAAGUGAUAAUUAGUAUAAUGAAAUCUAGAGCUAAUUCUGUUUAAUUUUUAAACAAAUUGCGUUUUAAAACAUAAAUUUUGCAAAUUAAAUUAAUAUUUGCUUCCCAAUUUUUGCAAAUUAGGAUUUUUUUAAAUUUCGAAAAAAAUAUUUUUUAUAAAAUUUAUAUAUAAAUUUUUUUAAAAAAAAAAAUUAACCCCCCUCCGUGAGCGAACAAAAAUUUUUUUUGUUCGCUCACGGAGGGGGGGGGGGGGAGUUAAUGAUUAUGUGCAGAAGCAAAUUACAGGUCUCAAAAAAGAAAAGUCAGUUUUACUCCAAAAUGUAAUUGCAAGCAAUACAAGAUGCCAAAUUCUUGAUGAAAAUGUGGGAUAUCGAUAA